AUGGAGGCGGGGGAGAGGCCGCGACCGAGUCUGCUCGCGGGCGUGCGCGAGCGGCAGAGCUUGUUGUCGCAGCAGAGGCCGCCGGCGGUGCGAGUGGAGACGCAGACGAGCGGCGUGCUCGGCGGUGGCGAGCGGUUCGGGUCGUCGGGUGUCGGCGAACGCGAGAGUGGGGAGUUGGCAAGCGCAAGCGGGGCUGCGGGGUCGGGGAUCGCGCCAACGCCGACGCCGACGAGCGACGCGACGCCGAAGAAGCGCAAGCUCGGGGGAUGGGGACAGGCGCUCGCGCGUGCAAAGACGCCGACGCCGGCGAGCGGAACAGACGCACCGAGCGCGAUGAAAGACGAGAUGAUGAACGAGAGGGAGAUUCGCGACGCCGCAGUGGCUCGAACGGGAUCGGUGGGCGAUAUGCGAGCGAAGACGGCGACGCCGACGCUCACAUCGGGGGCGGCCACGCCUACGGUGACGCCGGCAAGUGGAGGCUGGGGAGCCGCCGCGGCGCGCGCUACAUCGACGCCGGUGACGCCAAAGGUAAUGCCAUCCAACACGCCGGAUCAUGAGACCGUUGCCAAGGCUCGAGCGACGGAGCAGCGACUGAAAGUCACAAAGGAGGCGCUACUGAGUCAAAUGGAGCGCGUCGACGCCGAGGUCGCGGAGUUGGAGAAAGAGCUCGAGGUUCUGAAAAAGUCGGGCGAAGAUGAAAAACGUGGCGCAUCGAUGGAUUCCAAGGAUGAGCUCUCGAGGCACAAACGAGAGACGGAGGCGUUGCGUCAGCGAUUGGCCAACGCCGAGCGCGCGGCGCAGCGCGCGCAGGAUCUCGCCGUGAGCAAGAUGCGCGAGGCGUCCGUUCUACUGCGCGAGUCCGCUUCUAAGCGGGCGCGUGGUGGCGCCGUCGCUGAGGUGAAGCGUGCGAACCAGGAGGCGUCGGCGUUUGCGGCAAAGGCGAUUCAACAGAUGAUUCAUCGCAGGGAAGCUCGCGUAGAGCAAAUUGAGCGCGAUCUAGAGCACAACAAAAAGCUCGCUGCGGCUUCGAUCGAUCGAAUCAAGACAGAAUACCGGUUGCCACUCAUGGAUAACGUCCAACGCGUCGAUUUCGACGCCGUCGUCGCUCAGUGCGUCAAGGCGUCACAGACGCCGAAGGCGCUCGAAGUCGCAAGUCGAGUACGCGAAAUUUUGCAAAAGAGAAGGCGCGCAGUGUCCGAAAAACAUUACACGAACACGCUCGCUUAUCUCAAGCAGCGGGAAAUAUGGCGGGUGCGCCUGGUGCAGGAGGCGAACGCGAGGCUUGCGAAGGAGUACGUCGACGGUUCCGCCAAGAAGAGAUUCACGCCAGGCUCUAGGCAGAGCGGUAGGAAUCGCUCCACGAACGAUCUCAGCACUGGCGUCGCGCGAUCGGAGUACGAAGAGAUGCAAAUGAUCAAGGCGCUCCAGCGAACGGAGGAACUGCGUCGCAUGACGACGAUCCCUGAUAUGAUCUUAGACCCCGAGGAGUUACGCGUCUCUGUCUUCGACAGCCGAAACAACCUCGUAGAGGAUCCUGUGGCGGAGCGCGAUCGCAUCAAUCGCAUCAGACCGUGGACCAAGGCGGAGAAGAAGAUUUUCCACGAAAAAUUCGCCGCGUACGGUAAGAAUUUCCGUCGCAUCUCCGAGCACUUGGAGGGUCGUGACACGGGCGACUGUGUCAUGUACUACUACAAAUUCCAAAAGACGGAUGACGGUUUCCGCGGUCGUCGACGCGCGGCGAUGAAGAAACGUCGGGCAUACGCCGAUGCGCAGCGUAUGCGCGAGAUCGACCCGGCGAAGAUUGAGGCUCAGCGCGAGGAGCGCUCGGCGCCCACGGCGGAGGCGCGUCUCGAGCGCGCCGCGCUCGCUGCAGCUGCCAAGGCUGCAAAAGCCAAGGCGCGCGCUGAAAAGGCCAAGGCCAAGGCGGCAAAGGAGGCGGAGGAGGCAAAGGCGAACGCCGGGAAACCCCCGAGCAAGGGCCCGGAGUGGACCGACAUGGAGAAGACAAAGUUUGUCUCCGGUUUGCUCCAAUACGGCAAGGACUUCGUCGCCAUCAGCUCCACCAUUCGCACGCGCUCGCUCGACGCCGUCCAGCAGUUCUACGAGGAUAACCGCGAGCUCAUGGACCUCGAUUCCCUCAUCGGUACCUCUUAG